CCACUCACAUAAAAUCAGAAAUGUCAGAAAUAUUAUGGACGCCAUACAAAAUAAGUGAGCUCUAAGCAUUUUCCGUGAAAAUCACUAUAAUUUCUGCAAAAACUAAAAGAAAAGUGCUUCAACUUGCACAUAAUAUCCUGUGCUACAUUUUCCCGAAAAGAAAAAAACAGAAUCAUCAAAGUUUUGCUGGAAAAAUCAACUUUUCUCACAAAGUUUGGGCUGCAUUCAAAUAUGGCGGAGCAAGAACCAACAGUGUUGCUAUUAAGUGUGCUGAAGGAACUUAAAGAACUUAAAAAGAUGGUUGCAAAGAAUUCAAAGCAACUGUUCGAUCUACAGGCCACAGUUGAUGCAAUGACAUACCAUAAAAACGAUACUGAUACAGAUAUUACAUUUCCAAUAAGGACACUGAAAGAACUUGAUGAGGUCGAAGAGAUGAUGCAAGAUGAUGAGGGUCGUAAAUUUAUAACGUCACAAUUGAAGGCAAUAUUGAGGAAAGACGAUGAUAUGUGGCUUUUAAAAAUUUUUGAUGAAAAUCUCAUUCUGGAUUUUAAUUUAACACCAAGUGCAAGAGCUGGGAAACGCGGUGUACUCACAUACAGCGUUAUUGAAUUUGCAUUGAGAUAUUUGGAUGUCAGUAAACGAACUAUAUCGUAUUGCAUGAAAUUGAUAAAAGAUAGAGUGUCAAAGAGAAAGCUUCGACGGGAAAAAGCAAAAACAGAGCAGGCUUUAGAAGCUAUACCACUAAAACUAGAAAUUGAUGAAGAUGACAGCAGUACGACACAAAAUUAACAUGUUAUUUCUUUAAAUGUAAAUUCAGCUAAACAUGUAAUUUAAAUGAAUAAAAUGUAAAAUUUAAAGUAUUUGCAUUUUUUCUUAAACUCAUCGUGGUUUAUGAUAAAACAUCGAUGAUUUGAGAGAUAGUGUUUAGAGCGAAAAUGUAGUAAAGGUUUAUUCCCAUGGAUUUGUAUGAAACUAUUCUUAAAGGCGUAAACGGUUAUUUCUUAUUUAUAUGUAGGCAUUAAAAAAAAAAGUUUUGAUUUGGAAUGGAUUUUGAAUUGUCAAGAUGAUAAAUCUUUGCUUCCUUUUUCGUAAUAAACAUUAUCCAUUAUUCUUGAAUAUCCAAUUUGUUAAUAAGAGAUCCCUGAAUAGAUAAUUGAUACCAAAAUUUUAAUUUAACAAUCGUAGUUUUCACAAUGGAUUUGGAUGUGGAGGAACAUGAGACUACUGAAUUGCUAGUGGGUGUGUUGAGGGAAUUGAAGGAUAUCAAAGAAAUGAUUGCACGAAAUACAAAACAAUUGUUUGAUUUGCAAGCAACCGUUGAUACACUUACGAAUAAAUACGAUGAUACGGAAAUCACAUUUCCUGCAAAAACACUCCAAGAUUUUGAUGAAAUUGAAGAAAUGAUGAAAGACUCUGAAGGGCGUGAAUUUAUCACAUUGCAGCUGAAGUCUGUGCUUAAGAACAAUGAUGACAUGUGGCUCCUGAAGAUUAUCGAUGAAGAUAUAAUGGAUCAAUUUAGUGUUUGUGGAACAGCUGGAAAGAGAAAUAUUCAUGAUUAUCAGGUGAUUAAAUAUGCAAUCAAUUACCUGAACACCAAUAAACAAUCACUCACGUAUUGUAUGACGCGAGUUAGAGAUCGCAAUAAGAAGAGGAAAUCUUACAAUAGCAAGAAGGUAAAUGAUCAAUCGACUAUAGAUGCAAAUGUGGUAAUAUCAAAAGAGGAAGAUGCGCACGAAGAUAUCGUGGAAGAUGAGGGUCACCUAGAAGAACAGAUUCAUAUUCAAGAGUCAAGUAUGGAUGGCAUGGAUAUAAUUUAUGCGGAUAACACAGACCUAUAUUUCCCGAUAAAGUCUCUGGGAGAGCUGAAGAUGAUGGAAAAGAUGAUGACUGAACAGACAAGCCGAAGGUACUUGGCGCGACAGUUGAAGACGAUUGUGGAGAAAAAUAGUCAAUCGUGGAUAGUUGAUGUUAUUGAUGAAAAACUCCUCGUUGACUUUACGAUGAAUGAAAAGGAAGGAAAACGGUGCUUGCUGCAUCUAAAAAUAAUUGAUUAUGCAAUCAAUCACCUGAAGGCGAGCAAGCGAGCUGCAUCGUAUUGCAUUCGAAAGGUCAAAGAUAAGAUAACAAAGAGGAAACAACGAGUUGAGCCACAGGAUACACUGGAUGAUUAUGAUGACAGCACGAAUGUCGACAAUGAAAUUGUACUUGAAGAAGAUAUUAUUCAGCAAGUAGAAGAUCAUGAUUAUAGCGAGGAAACUGACGUCAAGGAUACACAAAUUGUUCUCUACAUACCCCAAUCAUCGGUGCCGACGACAAGUAAGAGAAAGAGAAAGCAUUUCUUCUUCCCCGCAAUGACACAUGAUGAUAUCGAACUGAUGGAGGAGCUAAUGGUUGAUCCGGAACAUCGAGAAGAUCUCAUUUUCCAGCUCGAGGCACGAAUAGACAGAAAUGAUGACAUGUGGCUUCUCAAACUAAUUGAUGACAACUUGUUGGUGGAUUUUAAUACAAGUGGCAAGAUGGGAAAACGAAAUAUUUUCCAAUUAAAAGUCAUUUGCUAUGCAAUUAAUUACCUUCAAACCACCAAACAAUCCGUUUCGUAUGCCAUAAGGAAAGCCAAGGAUAAAAUAUAUCACAGGAAGUUGUACAAGAAGCGUCUAAGAAAAACGAAUACCACCAAGGAGGAAGUUAUUGUUGAUGAAGCUGAAGAUAUAAUUGAGGAAGAUGAUAAAUCUCAGCACUACGUAGAGGUGGAUGCACUGCAAGAAGCACAAGAAUAAGUUUUCAGACAUUUUAUUUUAUAAAAAAAUUACGUGCAUAAUAAAGAAUGAAGUUAAGUACAAAUAAAA